UAUAUAUUGUCAUAGCAAUUGGAUGAGCUACCCAGGAGUUUGCAAACACAUAGAAUGCACACGCGCGUGAAGCUUCUCGCAGAACCUCCAUCGCUGCAGCCUGCUUACACCAACUGGCCUACUGCCUACGCACACCCUUCAUACCACCCCGCCUCGCUAUUACUCACCCACCGUUUACACAACCUGAAACAAAAGACAUCAUCACCAUGCCUCGCAAGACGCUUCGUAUACUAUGCUUUGGAGACUCUCUAACCUCGGGAUAUUUCUGCCAUGGCAUGGACUCGCAUCCAUACGCUCUCAAGCUGGAAGACCGGCUUACCGGGACGUUUCCAGAGGUGGACUUUCAGAUCGUGGUGAAUGCUGUCCCAGGCGAUGUUGCUUCUUUCAAGCGCUUCAAAGAUAGAAUGGAUGCUGCUUGGGAGGGCAAUUAUUACGACUGGACAAUUAUCCUCGGGGGCACGAACGAUAUAGCGUACGGUGUAACCCCUGAAAACAUAUUUUCUGCCCUUAAGGAUUUAUAUGAUGUCCCUCUGAGCCGAGAAUCCAAGGUUCUCGCUCUCACGGUCCCUGAGUGCCAGUCAAAAGGCAAGAGAGGCACGUCGACAAGGAACGAGCUCAACCAGAGCAUCCUUAUGAACAAAGACACGGGAUAUUACGCCUUUGACCUUCAUUCCAAGAUACCCUACCAUUCGCUUUCAGAACGGGAUCGCGAACGGUACUGGGAUGACGGCCUCCAUCUUCGAGACGAGGGCUACGACUGGAUGGGCAAUCACAUCGCCGAUGCCCUCAUAGACAUCCUUUGGAGCGAAGGCACAUUUGAAGAGCCCACCAACUCCAAAACUUCAGAAGUCUUGGCAUUGGAGGAUGAAGUCCAGUUCGAUGAAGAGGAUGGCAAUCCUCGGAAUAUCAAAGAAGGAUACGUGGUGGUCCGCAAGAAAGAUUUGGACUAAAACUUUUGGCUUAUUAAAAUUGCCAGUCUAGAACCAAAGGGAUUCAUAUGCUAUGCAUUGACACAAAUAGCCCUUGAUCAUCCCAAUCCCUAAACGCCAUAUCCACUACGAGGUUCUAAUCCGUCCCUUUCUCACACAACAAGGGUUGCGGCAACAAAUUCCUAUUAAAAUAGAGUCAGUACGAGAUCAACCCAAGUCAAGAACAAUCAAUAACUUGAGAACUUACGGG